CCCCAUAGACGUCACUCCACCGCUAGUAGCCUACUCGGAGCAUUCAUCGUCGUUCCGUCCACAUGCAUUCGUUCUCGUUUCACUAAAGGAGGUGUAGUUUGCCCGAUUGCUACUGCUAAAAGGGGUUGGACAAAAAUAUUUUCCAUCUUGAACAAUUACAAUAGCUUCGCAACAUGGCGUCAAUAGGAGAUUUCGACCCGCUCAAUGCUUCCAUCCCUGCCACCAAAGUUGAAAUCACUGUGUCUUGCAGAAAUCUACUGGACAUGGAUACCUUCUCCAAAUCAGACCCAAUAUGCGUUCUGUACACGCAAGGCAUCAGCAACAAGGAGUGGAGAGAGUUUGGAAGGACAGAGGUGAUUGAAAACACUCUCAACCCAGAGUUUGUUCGUAAAUUCAUCUUGGAUUAUUUCUUUGAGGAACGACAGAAUCUGAGAUUUGACCUGUACGACGUCGACUCAAAGAGCGCCAACCUGUCAAAACAUGACUUCCUUGGCCAGGCGUUCUGUACAUUGGGAGAGGUGGUGGGAUCGCUGGGCAGCCGCAUGAAGAAACCUCUCGUGGGCCUUCCUGGAAAGAAGUGUGGAAACAUCAUUGUUAAGGCAGAAGAGAUGGGAAACUGCAGGGAGUCAGUGAUGAUGCAGUUCUGCGGGAAUAAACUGGACAAGAAAGAUUUCUUCGGCAAGUCGGACCCUUUCCUCGUCUUCUACCGCAGCAAUGAAGAUGGAACGUUCACAACCUGCCAUAAGACAGAGGUGGUGAAGAACACACUGAACCCAGUGUGGCAGGCCUUCAAGAUACCUGUCAGAGCACUCUGCAAUGGAGACUACGACAGAACGAUCAAGAUAGAAUGCUACGACUGGGACAGAGAUGGAAGCCAUGAUUUCAUAGGAGAGUUCAGUACCAGCUACAGAGAGCUAUCCAGAGGCCAGUCCCAGUUUAAUGUGUAUGAGGUUGUAAAUCCAAAGAAGAAAGGAAAAAAGAAAAAAUACCUCAACUCUGGAACGGUAACACUGCUCUCAUUCCUGGUGGAUAUAGAGGUCACCUUCCUCGACUACAUCAAAGGAGGCAUGGGCCAGGGCGGGACCCAGAUUAAUUUCACAGUGGCGAUUGAUUUCACCGCUUCAAACGGCAACCCAACUCAGCCCACCUCCCUCCACUACAUGAGUCCCUACCAGAUGAAUGCCUAUGCCAUGGCCAUGAAGGCUGUAGGGGAGAUCAUCCAGGACUACGACAGUGAUAAGAUGUUCCCUGCUUUGGGCUUCGGAGCCAAGCUGCCCCCUGACGGACGGGUCUCACAUGAGUUCGCCCUGAAUGGCAACCCCCAAAACCCAUACUGUGCAGGUAUAGAUGGAGUGAUGGAGGCAUAUUACCAGAGCCUGAAGUCUGUCUGCCUCUACGGCCCAACCAACUUCUCUCCUGUCAUCAACCAUGUGGCCAGGUAUGCUGCGUCAGUGAAGGAUGGCUCUCAGUACUUCAUCCUCCUCAUCAUCACAGAUGGAGUUAUCUCAGACAUGGCCCAGACCAAGGAGUCCAUCGUCAACGCUUCGUGUCUUCCAAUGUCGAUUAUCAUCGUAGGGGUGGGACCAGCAGAAUUUGAUGCGAUGAUUGAGUUGGACGGGGAUGAAGUGAGGAUCUCGUCGAAGGGAAGAUAUGCAGAGAGGGACAUUGUUCAGUUUGUCCCAUUCAGAGACUACACCGACCGGACAGGGAACCACAUUCUGAGUAUGGCCCGUCUAGCCAAGGAUGUCCUGGCUGAGAUCCCUGACCAGUUCCUCUCCUACAUGAGGAUCAGAGGCAUCAAGCCCUCACCCGCACCCCCUCCAUACACCCCCCCAGGACACCCCCUGCAGACGCAGAUCUGAAGGGUGCGGAGAUGCUCCCUGGUCGUGAACAACACCUCUUCAAAUAUGUAUUUGUCUCUCUCAUCUCUGCAUCACUCGCUCAGUGAUAGGAGAGGCCUUCUUGGCUUUCUCGCUCUCUCAUUGCACUAAUGGAGACUGACUGACUGGCAGAAUGAAUAGCAGGGUUCUAGAAGUUUUUACUGAGCGGUUCUAAAGGGUUCUACUUUGGAACGGGCGGAUGGAGUCAACAAGAGCAUGUUUACUUUCAUUGUCUAGCGUUCCUCUGUCUGGACUUCAUG